UGCAGUUUAAUGUUUACACUUGUCAAACAUGGCGUCUUCACCUCGGAUAGACGAACAGAACGUGAAUUGCGACGGUUCCGGUGCCCCGAGAGCUCGCCAGUGGGUAAAAUUAAAUGUAGGAGGGACACAUUUCCUCACCACAAGAACCACAUUAUGUCGGGAUCCUAAUUCCUUCCUCUGUCGACUCGUUCAAGAGGAUCCCGAACUCCACACAGACAAGGAUGAAACUGGUGCCUACUUAAUAGACAGGGAUCCCACAUACUUUGGGCCGGUGCUGAAUUACUUACGACAUGGGAAAUUAGUUAUGAAUAAAGAUUUAGCUGAGGAAGGUGUACUAGAAGAAGCAGAAUUUUACAACAUCACAGACUUGAUUAGGUUAGUGAAGGAGCAUAUAAAUCAGAGAGAUAACAGGCCACCAAAGGCAGGAAAGAAGCACAUGUAUCGAGUCCUUCAGUGCCACGAAAAUGAGUUAACUCAACUUGUUUCAACAAUGUCAGAUGGAUGGAAGUUUGAACAACUGAUAAAUAUUGGGUCUCAGUACAGCUAUGGUAGUGAAGAUCAUACAGAGUUCCUGUGCGUUGUGUCCCGAGAGUAUUCCUCUUCACCAGGGACCCAUACGUGUUCUACAGACCGGCCUGACCAUCUGGAUCUGCACAACUCCAAGGACUCAUCCAUACUGCAGGAGGAAGAAGAGGUUGAGAGAGAUGACUAGUGAAAGCCAGAUCUAAGUAGAGCAUCCAAAGACGCUAAGGUUCAUUACGAUGAAAACUAUAGUUCCUAUUACAGUGUCAAUCCAGGGUGUAAUCACUUGUGUGCUAAGGUAUAAAGAGGGUAGUAUCUGAUGUCCAACUGUGAUUUGUGUAAAGUGAUCUCAAAUGGUACACUGAUUUGGAUAUGAUGUCUGUUGUGAAUACCUCUUUAAUUUGUGAAUCUACACAAGAGCUUGAAUUUUACUUGAUGCUUUUUUUUUUUUUUUUUUUUUUUUUUUAUUCUCUUCAUUUUGCCAUAGGACUGAUAGUUAUAAGUAAAGUAGGAAGAAACGAAUGUCCUGAAAAAAGUUCAGUAGAAAAAUACAUUCCAAGGAUAUAUUUAAUCAUACUUGGCUUAGUUUUUCAUUUUUAGACGAGAUCUCUGAAAUUAUAUCUGUCUAUUUUUUGGUAAAGUUCUGUUUUCCCUUUUUUUCUUUUUUUCUUAAAACUAAAGAAAUUAUUAGCUACAGCUACUGACUAUACUGGUAAUGCAAUGUAACAAAGAAAUCAUAUUUAUUGAUGUUAAUAAUUAUAUAAAAUGAAAAAAUUCUCAGCAUGCAUUUAAUUUCAGACAUACAUUUUAUAUUCUAUACAUAUACACCAUCAUUACAUAUACAAAAAUUCUGAUUAUGGGUUUCAAGUGACAGAAGGCAAUUUACUGUAUUUUCUUAUUAUUACUUACUGACUACACCAAAAAUAAAUACAUAUUGCUAAAUGAUUGUUACAUCCAAUUGGAUUUUAUUUUCCUUCCCCUCAAUCCCUUACCCAUUGCCGUUGGGGGGCUUAAGAGAAAGAGACUGAGGCCCAAUACCAGGGAUCACUCCUAUCUUGGACCUUGACUCAACUAAUUUUGCGUGGUCUCUUCCUCUCUUCUCCUUUUCCUUCUCUCCUCCAACUUCUAAUAUCCACUUCCUAAGAUGUGAGAGCCAUGUUGAAAGGAUGAAAGGCUGACAUGUUGGUCAUGAGCAGCCUAGGGGAGCCAUGGGCAUUUUGCACCUUAUUAGGGGCAUUGAGGCUUGCCCCUUUAUAAACUAGCCCCACUGAUUUUAAUCCCCCCUGAUUCCCUGACCCGAGGCUCUCCUUUUGCCCAUGACUCUCAGCCUACUACUACCCCCUCCUUAUUACCUACUAUCACCACAGGCCAAUCCAAAUCAUCUUCCCAAGUCAUUACUCAACCUCAAGGAAACAUUUUUCCUCUCCCAACAUCCUCUACUUCAUCUACUACCCCCUCCUCCUUUAUUACUAAUCUGCAGCCUUAUUAUCCAUCUCUCUGCUGUACUUUCACUCAACACCACUCCCUCUUCCACAAGGCCGCAUAUUUCUACUGCCUCCACCUCAACAAACAUUUUAAGUACUCUGUUUAGCCCGGCCAAAUGGGAUUGAUUUUUUGUGAUUUUGACAGCCCCUUGUUCUGAUAACACUCCUCUUCCAACAAUGCUUCAAAAAAACAAGUAGGCAGUUUCCUUCUGCAGCCGCCACAAUUGUUCCCGCCUUGUCACAGUUACAUCCAAAUUCCAAGCUAAAUCAUCAACAAAUAUGACAAGACUUCCUUUGCUAACCCAUUCCUGUCUAGCCUCAUCCCUCCCUCAAUACUUGUACCAGAACUGUCUCUAUCUCCCUGACAAACUGCCCUGUCUACUACAAGGAUUGGUCUGAUUGUGGUGAAGACUUACUCGCCUGCUUCAUGGAGUAUGAUGCAGUAUCUGAACAAUUCUACACUUUUCCCCUUAGAGGUCACAAUCUUGGCCUCCACCAAUAUUGCGUAAACAUGAUCUCACCCUUCCUGUCUAUAUUGGCGGAAAAUCCCUCCCUCUACCCUGUCAAUUAUAGAAUUGUUGGUGUCUAGGCCACCCUGCCAAACAAUGCCACUCCACAGUCCAAUGUCCUCUAUGUGCCCAACCUGGUCAUGAUUGGUCAAACUGCUCUGCAGUCAUGCACAUGUACCAAUUGUGGCUCCCAAAAUGUAUUUUAUAGGGGCUGCCCUACCUACAAGUUUGAGUGUGAGGUGGGAUCUGUCGGUUUCAAACUUGGCCUUAAUCUCUACUUUACUCAGGGACAUCCCUCAGAAUCCCACAUUUCUUCCUUUUACAACUUUAUCUCUACCCUCACCCCUCUUUGCCCCUUUGAUUGCCAUACUAUUCUGAACUGCUAUAUGACUUUUGACAUGUAGCACAUGUAAUCAUCACCUAACUCUCUUUACCCUUUUUACUAAUAUGCCUUUCCAUAGUGCAAUAUGACCUUUGAUGUUUUGCACAUCUAUUUUGCUUUGUACCCAUUAACCAUUUCCUCCUUUUGUGUGUAUGCACACAUGUACACACAAAUGCAUGUAUACACAUGUAUACAAUCAAAUGAUGAGGUUAUUUCUAUGUCUACAUUGCAUAUAUCUAGUUUAAAUUAGAAACUGCAUUUUUUCUUUUCAAUAAAACUUUUUUGAAUUUUUGUGUAUUUGUAGCAUAAUUUGAAAUAUACAAAAAUAAAACUCAGCUAGAAUCAAGAGUCUAAAAUUUACUAUGGCUAGUCAAGAAUUUGGUUAAAAAUUAAAAAGAGAUUUUAUUAAGAGAUUUUAUUCCAUACCACUGAAAUAUUUACCUUCACAGCAGGUGCAUGAAAGUUAAAGUACAUAUAAUUUAUAAAAAAUAUAUAAUUUUACAAAACCAUUAUAAAAAUGUACUGGUUAUGGACAUAUUAUUUUUCACAUAAUGGAGAGAUUCUUUUGGUUAGAUUCUUAUGUACUAAAAAUCUUUUAAUUUUGAAUUUCAGUCACAUAUUUCAGUCUUAAAAUGAAACAAAUUAAUGUUUAGCAUAAUGUAAUGUGAGGUCCUAUAAGCCUUAUCAGUCAUAACGUAAUGACUAUUUUUACAUUCAAGAAGUACUUCUUUCUGAUUUAAAAAGAUGGACUCCUGUAUCCUGUAUCCUAUAUCAUGUUUUAAAAGUCACAAAGACAAUAAUCAACAACUGCUGUACCCCCUGUAAUUUUUAAACUUCAAAAUAACCAGAAAUAUGAAAUUUUGGGGUUCAGAGUACCAUCCCCAGGAGGUUCUGGGUAAUAUUAAGAAUUUAUUGGUCAAAUUUGGUUUCCAACACUGAAUACUAUAUAUCAGAUGUAUCUUGUAUACCAUAAAAUAUAUCAGCAUCAUUAUUAAUAUUAUCCAAGAUCAUAAAACUAACAAUAAUGAUAAUGAACGACAAUAAUAAGAAUUAUUGUUAUUAUAAAAACCAUUAUUAUGAAUAUAAUGAAAAUAACUCACAAAACAGAAGGGAACUCUAAAUGCUAACACAUUUAUGCAACAAAUUUAUAUUAUGUAUCCACAAGAACUGACAAAAGUUCCAUUCUAAUUAGAUCUAUCUUUGGGUGCUCAGCAUCAUCCUGAAUUUCAAAAAGUUAGACUAAAGACAAAUAAUAUGGUAAAAUAUCCAAGGAUGUCACACACUUGAAGUGCUCUGCAAUUAGUCAUUGAGAAAAACAUAAAAAACAGAUAGAAUUUGAGUAAAAUUUUGCAGCACUUCUGGCUGACUUGAGGAGAGAGAGAGAGAGAGAGAGAGAGAGAGAGAGAGAGAGAGAGAGAGAGAGAGAGAGAGAGA